UGAGCCGGAAGUGAAGACGGAGAGAAAGGGGAGGAGAGGUGGUGUGGAAGGUCGGCACGGCAACUUUUGCAGCAUCGAAACCUGUCCUGAGGUGCUGCACAGAUGCAUAAUCAUACAAAAAUUAACACAGCCCGUAGAGGGAGAUGCUAGAAGAGGUGACCACAAGCUUGGCGAAGGAGUGGUGCAGAUGUUAUGAACAUUUGUGAACGUGACCUGAUCUUGGCUCAUUUUUGUCUGGCUUGCACACACCAACCACGGCGGGACAGCUUAAGCCAACUGUGUGCAGAGUCACCAUUUAUCUGCAGAGAGACAUGUCUGGAGACACCUGCUUAACAUCAUUGUACCCAUCUUCUGGAGCCAAGCCUAAGGCUAUCAGCUUUAAAGGAGGAAGCAUGGGGAACAAAUACAUACGAUUAAAUGUUGGAGGCUCCCUGUACUACACCACUGUUCAGAUUUUAACCAGACAUGAUACCAUGCUAAAGGCAAUGUUUAGUGGAAGAAUGGAAGUGCUUACUGACAAAGAAGGUUGGAUUCUUAUCGACCGUUGUGGCAAACAUUUUGGCACCGUUUUGAACUACCUGCGGGAUGACUCGAUUAUCCUUCCAAAGAGUAGGCGGGAAAUAAAGGAACUGUUGGCAGAAGCCAAAUAUUACCUCAUUCAGGGCCUAGUGGAUGUCUGUCAGACUGCUUUGCAGGAAAAGAAUGAAUGCUGUGAAGUUGCGUGCACUAUCCCCAUGAUCACCUCGCCUAAGGAGGAAGAACGACUAAUUGAAACAUGCGCUAAGCCAGUUGUGAAGCUGCUACAUAACAGAAGCAACAAUAAAUAUUCCUAUACUAGCAACUCUGAUGACAAUUUGUUGAAGAACAUCGAACUGUUCGACAAGCUAUCCCUGCGAUUUAACGGAAGAGUGCUUUUUAUGAAGGACGUCUUGGGAGAUGAGAUCUGCUGCUGGUCAUUUUAUGGGCAGGGCCGCAAGCUUGCUGAGGUUUGCUGUACUUCAAUCGUGUAUGCAACAGAAAAAAAACAAACUAAGGUUGAAUUUCCAGAAGCGCGAAUUUAUGAAGAGACAUUAAAUGUCUUGCUUUAUGAAACGCCACGUGUACCCGAUAACUUGUUGUUGGAGGCUACUAGUCGAACAUCUGGUCAGGGAUCGCACAGUGAAGAUGAAGAGGCAUUGGAAGUUCGAGAUCGAGUGCGUAGAAUACAUGUGAAAAGAUACAGCUCUUAUGAUGACAGACCUCUUGGACACCAAGCUGCCUACAGAGACUAAAACCACAACCAGAUUGUUACAUGUGAACAGUAUUUACAUUUUAAAACACUUUUUAUCUACUAAUGGUCAUCAACAUAAGCAUUAUCAUGAGAUAUGAAGACAACUGACUUGUAGAAAAAAAAAACCUGUGUGCUUUUGAGGUUAAUUUUCUUUAAUUUGUUAUAAUAUUGAUUUUCAGUUUCCUGAAAAAGCCUUAUAAGUAGAGCUGAAAUACUUGCUAAAAGUUGUGAAUGAAUUUGCCUUAACUCCAUCAUAGAUUGUCUUUCUACUGAUCUUUAGCAUGGUUUCAGAAAUCUGAAAUCCAAUUUGAUGCAACUGUGGCUACCAAAAGGCAGUGGAGAUGAAGUUUGAUGCCAGUGCCAUUGAAUUGACAUUGUGCUGUGGCCAUGCACUUCCCACAGAGGGAGGGGGGAGUCACAGUGAGCCAUUCCCACAUUAUUGCUGUGUGGCUUCUAGUUCAGACCAUGGAGGCUUGAGAUCAAGUGUCUCUCUCUACCUUUUUUGCCACUGUUACUUUAUGGCUUUGGGGGUUAAUACAGGGAUUCUACCCUCAAAUAUCAGAAGUACAAGUCAGUAUCUAAGCCUGAGUGUCCGCUAUUUUCAUACUUGUUUUGCGCCUGUUUCUAUAUGGAUCAAUAUCAUACUUCCUGAACCAUUGAGUGUGCCUUAGUUUACACCUAUCGGUUCAUCAGAGUAUUUUUAGUCAUUCAUUCAUGUAUUCAAUGUUUUGGGGGUGCAGGAGGAAACAAUAGGGCAGUUUUCAUUUCAUUACCCCAUCUCUCCCAAAAAUAUUCUUCCAAGUCAAUUACCUCGGCACCUUAGCAUUCCAGAUACCUAACAGUAAUUGUAAGCUGGUGUAUUGUACAGUCUUUGGGGCUGAGGCCUGUUAAUAAUCUAUCCAAAAUCCCAGUGCUUUAAUACAUCCCAUCUUUGUUACAAGUCUUAAUGAACCAUAACUCCCAGCUCCUUCAUACAGUAUGUGGCACUUGGUUCUUAUUGUGCAUGAUGGAAUAUAUAUUUUACAUGGUGUGUUUUUAAUGGAACCUCGCAAGGGAAUUUUUUUUAAUAUGCAGCAUUGGCAGUAUGGGAUGAUGAUACAUAUUUUCUUAUUCCUUUAAAAUAAUGGAAUCAGAUUUGCAGGUUAAAAUUAUGUUGACUGGACCAAAAUGUUAAAUUUCUAUUUUUGUAUGUGUCCUGGCCAUUGCUCGUCUUUGUCUGAACCUGGAAUGGUAUAUUUGACACUAUUUUGCACUGUUUAGAUCAGGAUAGUGAUUUGUUGGCCGAAACUGACUUUAAGUUGUGUUUGUGAAACAAAUUGAACAUAAUUCAUGUUUUCUUAAAAUGUUGUAUAUUAAUAACAUGAGAGUAGCUCAAAUAUAAAAGCAAAAUACUGGUGGAUGCUGGAAACCUGAAAUAAAAACAGAAAAUUCUGGAAAAACUCAGGUCUGGCUCCAUCUGUGGAGAGAAAAACAGUUAACGCUUGAGUCAGCUCUGAAGAAGAGUCAUAAGAACUCAAAACACUAACUCUGUUUCUCUUUCCACAGAAACCGCCAGAUCUGAGAUUUUCCAGCAUUUUCUGUUUUUAUUAUGAGAGUAGCUCAAGUUUGACUUUCAAUCAGAGAGGUUUUGUGACUGAAAGUGCCAUUCUGACUUGCACCAUGGCUGUUUUCAGGUCAGGAGUGAAAUAAUUAGUGUAAUUCAUCCUUCCCUUUCCCCUGCCCUGAAUGACAGUAGCUGCUGGCCAACUAUGGAGUGCAUUUGACCAGAACUGAAUAAAGUUCAAGCUGAUGAGAGGUUAAGGAGCAAGCCUGGAGUCAAGCUCCUUUUCUCUUCAGGUGAGCAAGGCAUCAUUUCCUACUCCUUCACUCCCUCAGUGUGGCUUUCUGCUUCACUAGGGACUGUUUGUAGGAUGCACUUUCACCUUUCAAUGUCUGCCAUUUUUGUGUCAGAAGAAAACAUACCAACAAGGGGAAUCAUCUUCAUGUGACUUAGACAUAAUGGCCUAGAAAUUGGCUCACAAUUGAAUCAGGGAGAUGCACAGUGUCCUAUCGGCAGGACCACUGCAAGUUGCUCCACUGCCCUUAUUAAGAUAGUUGAGGGUGGUUGCUUGUUAUGUUCUUAGAGGUUCUCUCCGAGAUAACAGAACUUGAGGAAGGGGGGGAGUGGGCAUGAGCAAUGAUUGACAGAUGCACAUGAUUUUAAUGCAGGGUAGAUGGAGCGCUCUUGCUCCACAGGGCAUGUUCUUUUUAUUUAAAAAAAAAGACCAUUGAGUGGUAGUCCCUUUUAAGGGUCACUGGUUUGCCUAUUAAGCACCUGAACAACUACAGUCAGUCAAAAAUCAAUGGGUCUAACACCAGUUUUCACGUGUGUCCACGAUGUAUACUGACCACCCAUAACUAAUGUUAUAUAAUGUUAAUGUGGUGGUGCAAUUUUGGCAGAGAGAAUGCAUGUAUAGCCCCUGCUAUUUUGAACUAUUAGGCACACAUUUUACAGCUAUUGAGUUUCUAGGCCAGUGACAACUUCUUUGUCAUCUCAAUACUGUUUGAACAGCUAUACUUUUUAUAUUUAAAGCUGAGAAUGGGCUUUACUGCCAACCAUCAUAUCUGAUGGAUAUUGUGUUGACUCUUUGCUAGUUAAUCUAUAAGCUUAGUAAGUCACUGCGUUGAACAGUGGUGCAAAAUGCCCAAAGUUGUAGGUGUUUCACUUCUUUCAUGAAAAUUGCUUGUGUAAGAGAUAAAGGAAUCAUCUCAAAAACACAAAAAUGGCACUUGUGCCAAAGCACCUUCUAAACAGUUUGACCACCAAUUUUUUUUGCCACUUCAAAUGUAAAUAAAUGAGUGCUGUUGGGGUGUUUCAAUGAUGUACAAUCACAUGGCGUAAACAUUUCCUUUAAGGUGAUUUUCCUCCGCUUCAACGAUGAGCAGUUUAGCAUUAUAUCAUUUUUUUUUUCUAAACUGGUUUCACAAGUUUACAUUUUGGUCUUCUGCUAAUCAGAAUAUAGAAAGUUAGGUGUCUCACCAUCCAAUAAAUAAGUCCAGAUUCUCUCGUGAUGUAAUUGAUCUCUAACCUCUGCAGCUCACUGCUCCAGGAGGUGAAAUGUCCCUGCAUUUCACAGUUGCAGCUUAAGAAGGUACAUGUUGCGAAACUAAACACCAAUUCUGCAGUAAUUAUUGAGGCUACACCAAAGAUUGACAUGAAAGAUAAAAUAGAAGUAAUUGAAGAAAAGGGAAAUCUAUUUUGUUUGAACAAUCCUAAUAUUGAAUUCCAUUUUUUCACAAUUUGGUCACAAGUAUAUAGACAUGUCUACUUACAAUCAAAUUUGUUUUUAUUCAUGAGCCAAUUUGCAAAAAGCUACAAAAGCCGCAUAAAUACUGCAGUGAUUGAAGUGCUGCUUGUAACUGUGGAUAAUGUUGUAAUGUCAAAUAUUGCAAUUAAGCUGUGAAAUAGUUGGUUUAAUUCUUAUUGCUGACAAGCUUAGAGAGCCCAGUUGGUUACCUAACACUGGAAUACUCACCUGCGAAACCACUAUCUGUAAACAAAACUGCUCAGAAUUUUUGACACUGUGAUGGAUUUUUUUCCCCACGAAGUUGCUGUAUCGCACAUAUUUGAAAUAAAUUGUAGUAGCACUACUUGUAAGGAAUGACUUUCUAGAAGUGUAACCUGUUCAGAGGACAGAGCAUUGCUCCUUUGAAAUACUGUACUAAAAUUAUGGAAUAUUUACUAACUUCAAAAUAAAAUGUGUUCGUUAA